AUGGUGGAGGCCAACACAACAGACCUCUCUCUGAACUACGUGACUUCUGGAUAUGCAGACUCUCCGGCAGUUAAUCAGUCUCCGUGCAUACCGAAAGAUUAUAUGUUGUUGAUAAUUUCAGGUGUCUGUAUUGGUGUUUGCCUGUGUGGACCUGUGGGCAAUAUGAUAGUCGUGUGGGUCCUGGGCUUCCACAUGAAGAGGAGCCCCUUCACCAUCUGUGUCCUGAACCUGGCCAUCGCUGACUUCUCUCUGCUCCUGCUCCUUCUUGUUAUACCUACAUUAUACAUUAUUUCAAAAGCCUUUUGUCAUUUCUUAUUUGAACAUAGUUUGAUCAAGUAUAUCCUGAUGGAUCUGUUUCUGUUUUGGUAUUUUGCCAGCAUGUAUCUCCUGACAGCAAAGAGCAUGGAGAGGUGCCUGUCUGUUUUGUUCCCGAUCUGGUACCGGUGUCGCCGCCCAAAGCACUUGUCAGGCAUCAUGUGUGGAGUGCUCUGGGCUUUUGCCGGGCUUUUUGUUUCUUUCGUUUUCAUUAGCUGUUAUUUCCGUUUGAAUAUAAGCUGUGUACAACUAUUACGAGGUGUAAGCAUUGUGAACUUUCUCAUUUUCUCUUUAUUCCCAUUACUUUCCAACCUUUCCCUGUUCAUCAAACUCCAACGCGGCUCACAGAGACGACACCCAGGGAAACUCUAUGUUGCUGUCCUGCUCAACGUGAUCUUCUUGUUCAUCUUUGGGUUGCCAUUCAGUGUGGUGGUUUUCCUUGAUCCUAUUUAUUUAAACCAGUUUUACCUUCAUAUUUCUUACCUGCUGGCAUCACUGAAUAGCAGCAUCAACCCACUCAUUUAUUUCCUGGCGGGGAGCUGCUGGCAGCGCCAGUUCCAGGGCUCCGCGAAAGUCGCUCUCCUCCGAGUGUUCGAAGAGAAAGCGGUGAGCGAGGAGGAGAGCCAUGGGCCUGAGGAUGCUGCAGUGGGGACCACUGUAUAA